AUGGGCGGUGUACAAAUGUGUUUUGUUUCAGUGCUUCCAUACCUGAAAAAAUAUUGUACCACACAAGCAAUUCCACUCGAUCAGUUACUAAGGGAUGAUGAAUUUCCACAAAUGGAACGACUGUUAAAAUGUACCGGAUUAAAAUCUUUAAACAUGGUAGCAGAUAGAAAGGGCGAUGAAGAAUUGAACGCAUUUAAAUAUAACGAAGAGAAAACCCUAUUGUGGCUUCAAAAGAAAACCGAACGUGUUGCCGACAUUUUAAAACAAAAAAAGAUACACGUGAUAAAUGGUGCAGCAUCUGCCACGUUUGUCGCAUCGUCGCGCGACGAGAACGUAAACACCGAAGCGUAUUUGAAACACGCGCACGGCAUCGUAUCGGAAUAUCUUAUGGAGGAUCUCAGCGACAAACUUUUAAAAUUAUCAUAAUUGGUUCCCGCCUCAAAACAAGGGCUCUUGUCUUCCACAGCAGAUGCCCAAAGGUAUACUCACAAUAAGUGUAUACGAAGACACACAAUUGGACAUUGCAGUUAUAGUAUAUUUUUUUACCAUGACUUUGUUUACUUUUGUGGGUCUGAUAUUGUUUUGUUGAGUUGUUCUUUUGUUGUUUUUUUGUGGUGUCUCAUCACUAUGUUAAUUUUUCAAUUUCGCAGUAUUUGUCAAAUUCAAAUAGGAAACAGUAUUAUCAAGUCCAUGUAAAAAGUUUAAUAAAUGUAAAAAAAUUAAUACAAUUUGUUAACAUUAAGUUGUUAAUUAGAAACCUUUUUGAGUAUUUAAACUACAAUUUUAUAAGAUUUUGUCAUAGAAACGUAAUGGGCAUAUGUAAUAUAAAAUUUGAUACAAAACAAUUUGUCAAUUAUGAUCUCAAUUUAUAAUUUAUUGUUAUAGUUUGAUAACUGUUUUUGACAUUUGCUUUUUUUACACAUAGGAUAGAGUUGAGAGAGUGAGUUCUGGGUUUUUAGUGAAUGUUCGAUGUACUUCUGAAUGUAUUGUUUAACUAAGAAAUUGUAAUAUAGUAUUUCAAUGUGA